AUGGUUCAACUCAGCCGUCUUCGUCGAGCAGCAGUAGGAAAUGUACCGCAUAUAAAGCAGCUCCACUCUUGGGAUUGUGGCCUUGCUUGUGUUUUGAUGGCUUUGAAUACCAUUGGAAUCAAUGAUUGCAGCAUUGAGGGCUUGGCAUACCUAUGCCGCACUAAUAGUGGUUUGGUGAAAUCCUAUAGUGUAGAUCGAUCAUUCAGGGUUUCUGCUACUGGAAAUUCUGGACAUGAUUUCAAGAUGGAGCUGAUUACGACGUAUACAUUUUCUGGUGGCAAGCUUUUACUAGAUCCUUUCAACUUCUUUCCUAAGCCAGGUUCUUCCUUGCCUUUUAGGGGAAAUUUGGUGUUGUUUCUUCCUCUGAACAUGAUUAUAGCUGUCAUACCUGGAAAUUACUUGAUCACCACUGCAAGAACGCUGACUGCUUUUGGACAGCAUUUUCCCAAGAUGGAAAUUGCUGCUCCAAUUCUAUAUCUUGAUGUUAAACAAAAACGAAGAUCAAAUGACCCAUUAAUGCUCAUUUGGACAGUGGAUCUGGCAUAUUUACUGCAGAUGUAUUCUGUUAGUUUUUCCUACUACACAGUAACACUUGGAGCAAAUCCAAAUUAUUCAGUUGAGACAUUUUACAAGGAACAACUGCCUACAGAUCUAGUGCGAGUGGAUAUGUUAUUUAAGAAAGCACGAGAAGAAGGCAUUAAUAUACAGUGCAGGUCAAUUAAUGAAAAGGAAAUUUCUCUUUUCAUAUUGUCGGGGAAAUAUAUUGCAAUUGCAUUGGUUAACCAGUACAAAUUGAGUCACUCUUGGUUGGAGAAUGUUGUUCUACCUAGCUUAAAUGGUGGCAACUCAGGCUAUGCUGGUCAUUACAUUGUGAUAUGUGGCUAUGAUGCUGGCACAGAUGAGUUUGAGAUUCGAGAUCCUGCCACUUCUAGUAAACAUGAGAGAAUUUCGUCAAAAUGCCUGGAAGAAGCACGCAAAUCCUUUGGCACCGAUGAAGAUUUUCUUCUGGUUCCCAAAACAGCUUAA